AUGAGCGCAGGUGCAGGAGAAGGAGCUUACAGCUUCUCCCUCACCACCUUUUCCCCAAGCGGUAAAUUGGUACAGAUCGAGCAUGCUCUGGCUGCAGUAUCUGCCGGUGCCACCUCGUUGGGCAUCAAGGCAUCCGGAGCCAUCGUGAUCGCUUCGGAAAAGCGACCUCCCUCUCUGUUGGUGGAUGAUGGCGCAUUGGAAAAGAUUGCGCUCAUUUGUCCCAACAUUGGCAUGGUGUACAGCGGUAUGGGACCGGAUUUCAGAGUGUUGGUCAGCAAAGCCAGAAAGAGCGCUCAGGCUUAUUGGAAGAUUUAUGGAGAGUAUCCGCCUACGAGGGUAUUGGUGCAGGAGCUGGCUAGCGUCAUGCAGGAAGCCACUCAGUCUGGUGGUGUGAGACCCUUUGGUGUAUCCCUCUUGGUGGCUGGAUUUGAUGGUGCAAGGGGUCCAUCGCUCUACCAAGUAGAUCCCAGCGGCUCCUACUUUCUGUGGAAAGCCAGCGCGAUCGGCAAGAAUCAGACCAAUGCAAAGACGUUCUUGGAAAAGAGGUACAACUCGGAGAUCUCGCUGGAGGAUGCGAUCCACACGGCUCUGCUGACGCUCAAAGAGGGCUACGAAGGUCAAAUGACGGAAAAGACAAUCGAGAUUGGCAUUGUUGGAGAGAGCACGGCAAAGGCUGUGGGCGGGGAUGGCAAGGUGAUGCCCGUGUUUAAGAAAUUGACAGAGGCAGAGAUCAAGGAUUAG